AUGGAACAAAUGGUGCUAGGUUCUCAAGUGUACCCCUACACGACCCAAACCCAACGUUCACAGUGCAUCAGCAAUAUCGUGAACCAGAUCGAUGGAUCAUCAUCAGGCGAGGGAUCAAAACCGGUGAAGCGACGGAGGAAGAGGAGGAGCAAAGGGUCGUCAGCCACCAACGAUGAUGACGUGGUGGAUAUGGGAGGGGUCAUGUUGAGGAAGAGGAAGUUGACCGAUGAGCAAGUGAAUAUGCUCGAAUAUAGCUUCGAGAACGAGCACAAGCUUGAGUCAGGGAGAAAAGAGAAGAUUGCCGGAGAGUUAGGUCUUGACCCCAGACAGGUGGCAGUUUGGUUCCAGAACCGCCGUGCACGGUGGAAGAACAAGAAACUCGAGGAAGAGUACGCCAAACUUAAGAGCCACCACGACUCCGUCGUCCUUGGCCAAUGUCAGCUCGAGUCUCAGGUGCUAAAACUGACAGAGCAAUUGAGCGAAGCUCAACAUGAAAUUCGAAAACUUACGGAAAGACUUGGAGAAAUGUCAACAAACAGUUCAAGUUCAUCGAUUUCUGUUGAAUGCAACGAUGUACCAAUUGAAUUCGAGUUUGCUGCGGAAACUGAUUAUAACAUCCCCUAUUAUAUGUUAGACAAUAAUUAUGUACACAACAUGGACUAUUGGGAUGGUUUGUAUGUAUAA